UCUCAUUUCCCGCCGGUGACGAGCUUCGAGGGCGCGCGCGGGUCACCUGAUCGCCUUUCCCGCCACUGGGAGCGCGGCUGGACCGGAGAUUGAAGCCAAGCGCGUUCGCGACGUCAUCAGCGACCCCUCCCCCCCUCCUAAACAGAUACAAUAAUACCGGCAGUGGCCGGGCGCCCCCCGGCACACAGCGCCAUCUCCUGGAGGCCCUCGGGAGUCCGCGGCUCGUCUUUGUACUUCAGGCCUGUUAUCUGUGCGCGGUGCUGGGGAGGAGUGGCGGGCCGGAGCCGCUUCCUGUCAUCCGCGCACGGGAGGCCUCGCUGCGCCGCGGCCUAGAUUUUUCGCCCUUGCCGGAAGCCUCGUCUCUUCUCCAUGGAUGUGACCGCCCCGCACGGAGGGGCAAUGUGAACCCUGGAGCGCCGGCACUGAGGAUGAGGACCCCGGCACCCGUGCACUAGAGCCCGGGCCUUGAGUGGCGUGCAGCGCCCCCCGGAGACAAUGACCUGGGGGUGAGGAGCCGGGGGGAGCCGCCUGAUUCUGUCUGCUGGAGCCCGCGCCUGGAAGCAGUCUGCAAUGAACCCAGUGAAUGCCACCUCUCUGUUCAUCUCAGCGAGCCGACUGGUGCUGAACUACGACCCCGAGGACCCGCAGGCUGCCGCCGAGAUCUGCAGGAUGCUGCCCUUCUUCAGGCAGGCCCUGGCCUGCUGUGUGUGCGGAAAUUUGCUUGAAGACCCUGUAUCUCCAAUCAAUUCAACUUGUCAGCAUUAUGUGUGCAAGCAGUGCAAGGGUAAAAAGAUGAUGAUGAAGCCUUCCUGCAGCUGGUGUAAGGACUACGACCAGUUUGAGGAGAAUAAGCAGUUGGGCAUCUUGGUGAGCUGCUACAAGAAGCUAUGCGAGUACAUCACACACACACCGCUGGCACGGGACGUAUUAAGUACCAUGGAGUGCUCGGCUGACAUUUUGGCAUUUCUUCCUGAGGAAACUGUGGAAGAAUCUACACCCGAGGAAGAGCAGGGGAGAACUUCUGGGCCCCCCUCACCGCUGUGUCCUUCUCAUUCUCCUUUACCCUCUAAUUCAGAACUGGCAACUGAACCAGAAGCAAACCUCUGCCCCAUCCCCCAAGACGCACCAGAUCUCAAUAGUGAGUGCACAGUUGCUAAUGGUUUGCCCAACUGCAAUGGACUAUCGUCUGAAACUGAUCUUGCUGUAAAUAUCCCUACCCCUGAGAGCCCCGGCCCCAUCGACCUUUGUUGCACACCUGUCGAUAUUAAAACAGAGGACCUGUCGGAGAGCCUAGAGACGGUCUGUGACCAGGUUUCCACAAGUGACUUAUGUUCAGCUGGACUUGAUAUAUGUGGUUAUAACGAUGAUCUUAAAAGCAGUGAUCCUCUGCUUCUUAGCGUCGAGGAAGUUCUCCAGAGCCUCGAAACGGUUUCCGGUUCCGAAGUCACGGACUGCGACCUGCAGCAUGCUCUGGACACGUCCGUGUCAAAUGGAACGUUUUUGGAUAUUUGCCCACAGCCGCUUACACAUGCUGUCCUGUUGUCCGACAGCCACGCUCCCCCUCUUGGUGUCUCCUGUACAGCUGCAACCCUAAAAAUGGUGAAAACUAACCGCAAGCGGUCUCGUUCAGAGAGUGACAGUGAGAAAGUCCUGCCACUGCCCAUUUCCAGCAUUAUCCUCGGGCCGGCGAUAGGUUCCCAGACUCCUUUUCUACUAACUCGGGAAAACAGAAACUUCUUUCAGCCUAUUGUUACUGUCCCCAAUGGGGGUAGCUCCUCCAAAAUUAGCAAGACCAUUCUUUUAUCGAAUAAAACCUUGAAGAAAAAUCCGGAGCACAUGCAUAAGAAAACGCAUCCGAAAUCCAAGCCACCAUUGCUGAAAACAAAGGACAAGGUAAAGGAGAAACUCUCCAGCAAUAACGUGGUCCCCGGGAGCCCGACAAAAACUGUGUAUAAAAAGCCACCUGAGAAGAAAGGCUGCAAAUGUGGACGUGCUACUCAAAAUCCAAGUGUUCUUACCUGUCGGGGCCAGCGAUGUCCUUGCUAUUCAAAUCGGAAAGCGUGUCUGGACUGCAUUUGCCGUGGCUGCCAAAACUCUUACAUGGCAAAUGGGGAGAAGAAGUUGGAGGCGUUUGCUGUGCCAGAGAAGGCUUUAGAACAGACCCGGCUCACUUUGGGCAUUAACGUGACCAGCAUUGCGGUACGCAAUGCCAGCACGAGCGCCAGUGUCAUUAAUGUUGCGGGCUCUCCUGUAGCGACUUUUUUAGCUGCCAGUCCCCACGAUGACAAAAGCUUAGAUGAAGCGAUAGACUUGAGAUUUGACUGUUAAUAGAGCCAGCCAUCCCUGGCUGUUUAGGGGGCAGGAGAAUGGUUGCAGUUUUAUGGCAGCUAUGGUUCUGUCGGGUUUCCUUGCCAGAGCUUCUGCAUAUAGAUCACUUGUAUCAAGUGUGUUUAUUGCUAAGUUAUGUGUUCAUGUUUGUGGGGUCGGGAGGGGUGGAUGGGACAAUGAAUUGUAACCCUAAAGUCUGUCAGUUUUCUAUUUCUUCAGUCUGAGGGUUGACUCGAAGACUUAUGUUUUUUUUUUUUUUUUUUUCUCUGAUGCACCUGAUUUAUAGAAAAUGAUCUUUGGCAAGAAAGAGCAACCACGCAACAACCUCUUGUAUCCUGUCAUACAUUGUUUUAACCAUUGCCCGUCGUCGCCAUGAUGUUGGCUUUCUAAACUACUUUGUCACUUCAUAUAGGAAACAAAGUACAAAUUUCACAGUAGUUUGAUUGCAACGAUCCAUGUGAUGCACACGAGGGUUCACUGACACUUGGCAAUAUUUCCCCCUUCACGUGUAAAUUUUUACGAUAAUUCACUCCUUUGUCUAAUGUACAUGCUGCAUUCCAAAGAUGUAACAUCCCCUUAAGUACAUGUGAGACUUUCCUUAAUGCUGUCCUCAUGAGUUCACCCACAGCAGUAUUUGAUGUCUGGUAGAUCACACAGGUAGCAUUGGUCUUGGCCUACAUACAUUUAGGGUGAUGGUAUAGAAUACCAAUAGUUGAUGGCCUUGUCUACCCAAAAUGAUCCCCUUGGGAUGGAGGGUUCAGCAUGUCAGCAGCUUAUAGCCCUCAGUUCCUGGCGUAUAUCUAUCUUGCAUCUUCUGGCUUAUCGAGGAGUCGUGUCUGUAGAAGACGGGGUAACUGGGCUGCCGUAGUCAUUUACACAUAGCCGGUGGUCACUGAAUGCUUGAUAUUUCUGAUGAUCAGAAGAUACAUUCUACCACACGUGUAUUCCUAAAUGGGUCGUUUGUUUCAUGUAUACCGUACACUAGAGCACUUGAUGUGGAGACGGUGAUCCUCUUGUUAGGAUGUGUGCAUACGAGGCCAUUUGUGGAGCAGCCUGCCACUUCUCCAUGCAGUUGUGGUGAUCUGAACAUGGAUCAGCAGUGGGUCUGUGAACCAUGGAGGGUCAGGGUCUUUCCACCAGUCAUCUGAAUGUGUCCUUAAUCUAUUACUGAUGCGCGUCUCCUUUCACAUACGUGGAGCCGAUUACAGAUGUUUAAUGGGUGAAGAUGUUGCCGUUUCAUUCAUAUGUCGUGUCCAUCUGGUCACUGAAAUUCUAAUCUGGAACCAGAUUGUCAAAGGCUGUUGCUGAGAGCUGUGCCAUGUCUAAUACGCAAAAUUGGAAUAGUAACCGAAUCGGAGAAAUCCCUGCAUGUCGGGAUCUUAAUUUAACCUGCUGGAUCAUACUCUGAUAUCCGGCCUUCUAUUUGGUCCACCACAUUGUAGGAUUUUUUUCACCCCAGCUGUACAAUAUAGGAGGCUUUUCAUUUUUAGGAGUUAAUUUAAAAAAAAAAAAAGGCA